AUGCCUCACUCCACGGCUUCACAGGUCAAGGUUGAGCCUCUUUCCCUACCGGAGGGCUCCCAGAUCAAGUUCGGCGCUGCCGUUUCAAAUGUUGAUAUUGAGAAUAUCACUGAUGCCGACUUUGAUGUGAUCCGUGAUGCUCUCUUCCACAAUCAGGUUCUUGUCUUCAAGAACCAGGGACAUGUCUCGCCCAAGGCGCAGUUCGAGCUCACUCAGCGCUUCGAUCCCAAGGCCGACUCCUAUGGCCAUGGAAAGACUCUCGAUGCCAAGCGUAGCAUCUUGCACCCUGACCUGAAGACCAUUCCUCACCAGCCUCAGGUCCAGGUCAUUGGCAAUGGUUUUGUGCCGGAGUAUGAGGGACUGAAGAACAUCCAACUCAGACAUCCUCACCACCGCACAUUCCACGCCACCACCAUUCCUGACGAGGACGACCUGGACUUCACCCGCUACUACCGGUGGCACAUCGACGCCGCUCUAUACGGCCUCGCCCCGCCAGUCGUAACCACUCUCCUCGCCGUCAAGGUCCCCGGCGGCAGGCGCCAGAUCUGCCGCUACGACGACGGCACCGGCGACGAGAAGGACGUCCCGCUCGGCACGACCGCCUUCGCGAGCGGCUAUGAGAUGUUUGAGCGCCUGUCGCCCGAGGACCAGGAUUUCGCGCGCACCUCCAAGGUCGAGUACGCGCCGCACCCGUACAUCUGGAUGAGCGGCGCCAAGUCGCGGUCCGAUGGGCUGGGCCUCGUCUCCGAGGGCAAGGAGCUCCCCUUCGACCAGCUGCCAGAGAUCGACGAGGCCAAGAUCCAGGUCCUGCCGCUGUGCUGGCGCAACCCCGUCACCGGCAAGCUGGCCCUGCAGGUGCAUCCCUCUGCUGUGCGCAAGCUGCACCUCAAGGACGGCACUGUCAUUGAGGACCUGGCUGAGGUCCGGGAGAUCAUUCACCGCCUCCAGCGCCCCGGUAUUGCUCCUGGUUUGGUGUAUGCGCAUGACUGGCAGGAGGGCGACUUUGUCCUCUUCCACAACCGCGGUCUGCUGCACUCUGUUGUCGGUGCCUUUGCCGAGGACGAGGUCAGGCUAUUCCGCCAGUGCAAUGUUGCUGCUAGCCACCUCCCCGAGGGCCCUGCUGAGGUGGCACAGGAGGCCUAG